CAUUUUGUUAACCUAGCAUGUCAAAUACGAUAAGUUAACAAAAGCAAGUGGUUAAUGAGCGCCGAUAUGUCAUGUGCAGGCAUUAUAGAUAUUUUUGCUGCAUGGUAUCUCUUGUCUCGCCGUUGUUUGUACCCGGUUUCAGCCAGCUGCAGGGAAAUGGUUUAACGUUACGUGAUGCUAACGGCUAAACAAGGUGCUCAUCCUUACUGAUGUAGCUAACGUUAACGCUAGAACCAUAUAAUUGGUAGCUGUUCAACUUUUGUCAUUGUACAAUCAGCUCAAUGAAGACCUUUAGUUGACUGGCUCAGUAAUCCGCUCCAGCUGAAAACAAUACGAAUGCAUACGAGAGUGAACCACAGCUAGCAUAAUGAUGCUCCAGCAUGGGUCAACGCAGCUCCUUUGCCUCACAGCCAGCAGUGGGGUUCCUCUUUUCACAAGAGGAGCCUCCAAGCAGCUGCCCUUCUCUGUCAUCGGCUCCCUGAAUGGUGUCCACAUGUUCGGGGGUGGUCAGGGAGUGGUGUUGUCUUGCUGUGAGACUGAAGGUGGGGGUAAAGUGGUGUGGAGAGUUUUCCAGGACAGUGUGAUGCUCAUCGCUGUGAGCGGAGGUGAAGAAGGUGGUGCGUGCAGCAGCAAAGAGGAGCAGGUCCGUUUACAACGGCUCCUGGAGAAUGUGUGGAGCUGCAUGGUGCUGGUGUUGGGGCAGGAUGAGCUGACCAAUGUCAGGAAUGUUGAGAGGCUGAAGAGGGACUUGCGGUCCUGCUUCAGCCUCAUUGAUCAGCUGUUGGAGGAGAGACAAGAGGGCAUCAUGGGUAACCUGACAUACUGCGCUGAUUCACUGCUGCCUCCAAACCCAACUCUUCUUCAAGAGGCCGUGGAUGGCUUUGCUCAGGCUGCAGACAGUGAAUUUAGCUGCCUCAUCGUCCAUGGACGGAUAGCUGCAGCAACUGAGAAGUGGUGGCGACUGGCACCGCAGGAGGUUGUGCUGCUCUCUGCUUUGUUGCGGUCUCUCUCAGCCUCUGGAUCAGCCUCAUGUGAUUACCCAGUUUUCCUUCCUCAGGGCAGCCCCACCGUGGCCCACCGCCUGCUCCGCUUCCAGCUGCUCCCUGGGGCAGAUGUGUGUGUGCUGUGCGGCCCAACCCCGUCCCUGCACACAGCCGAGAGUGGGCUGGUGGGUCGUUUCUGGACACCCUUGGUGGAGACCCUGAGAGACUGUCUGGCUGUUGGAGAGCGCUGCUUACCAGGCUCUGUAUCCCUGCGCCCUGAUGUGCUGGCACUUCUUCUCAUCAACCGUGAAACGCGACGCUCAGUCUCCUGUGUGCGGACUUCCACUAAUCAUCCGCUCGGUGACCCUCUUUUACCCUCCAAGGCCCGCUGCUGGGAGCUACUGAAGUUCUUCUACAUCUUCAGCACGACACGCUACUUCACCCAGGAGGAGAUUUUGUGUGUCUUGCCAGAGGAGAGGGCUCAGAGAGGCAACACUGAAGACUUUGUGCUUGGAUUCUCCCACCAGCCGCUACAGUGCUAUCUAGUUACAGAAGAAUGUAAAAGCUAUGGACUUCAGACACCACAGCACCAGCUCUUCCUGCUCAUCCCGCUGUCAGUGCCCACCUUUGCUCUGCGUUCGGUGGCCACACAGACUCUCUCUGAUAUAGUUGCAGCCACUGGGUUUUAACUGAACAGUUCACAUUGUUACAUCUUUAUUUUUGGUAAACUCACCAUCUUUGACCUAAUACUAUAUUAAAUUACAGGUAAAUCAUUCUAAUGUGAAUUUAGAUUUUGCUUAUAUUAAUGACUGCAAACACAUAUAUGUUGACUAACCGAUCUAGAGGCAUACAAAUCAGCUUCUAUCUAUCUUUUGUACAGACAAUGAAUAAUAGACCACUGGUAAGAGAUGCACAAUAGAAAAGGAUAUCACUGUUAAUGGUCUCACUGGGUAUUUUCACCAAACUACUGCUCAAGAAUUUAAUACAGACGAAAACAUUUGAAAAUGUCAUAUCAAAGUGAACUGCUUUGAGCUUUAAGUCACUCUUGCACAAUUGCGUCUUACUUCACUGGCUUCAAGGCUGUCCCUGUCACAGUAAUGCAAGCUGGUUAGACUUACUGAAUAAAUACUAACAUUAUCACUAAGAUUGCACUGUAGCCUAUUUCACAAUGUAUAAGAGACACGUGAAAAUGUUACACUGGGAUAAAUAAGUGCCUUCUGUUUGUUGUUUGGCAUUUUGAAUCAUUUGGCGACAAUUUCUUGUGGUUUUAUUCUUAAAUAUAGUUGAUUUAUGUGGGUCUCUGUAUCAUUGAGUGAUUCAUUAACAUUUUUCCUUAUGCUAAUGUGAUAAUGAUAAAGUUUAGAGAUGC